AUGGUUGGCAAGCAAUUGCGCUUUAAUUCUACAUUCCAGAUCUAUGAUGAUUACAUAUUUGUAUACAGUCUGUCAAACAGUGUCCAACAAGUAACUUUUACCAAUUUUACAGAUUACUUUGCAGCCAAAAUUUUAUCCUCAAUGGCGCAAAUUCUUACAGAUGAACUCGGCCAGUCGUUCCAGCUGGGAAAAGAAGAACAUGCCACUCUCAGGGGAAGAGAAUGCUUGGAGGCAAACAUAAACACAGUAAAGUCGAUUGCAAGCUUCUUGUCUUCGUCUUUGGGUCCUACAGGAAUGGACAAGCUCCUGACCGACAAAGAUGGCAACAUUUAUGUUACCAACGACGGAGCAACCAUCCUUAAGGAAAUGGACAUGACAGACAAUCCUAUAUCACAGCUUAUUUUACAACUCAGCCAGUCACAGGAUGAUGAAAUUGGGGACGGAACUACCUCUAUCGUAAUUCUGACAUCGGCCAUUUUGAGUCAGGCAAAGUUUUUAUUGGAAAAGGGCAUGCAUCCAAUAAAAAUUUCAGAAGGCUUAAGCACUGCACUGAAAUUGGCCGAAAAGCAUCUGCUAAAAGUAUCAGAGGAAAUUACGGAUCUAAAUGCACAGCUGCUGAAGGUAGCAAAAACCUCUCUUGGUUCAAAAAUCGUAUCUUUAUAUGACUUUAGUGGCCUUUGUGUAGAAGCAUCACUUGCAGUUGCCGAUCUAUCUAGAAAAGAUAUUGACCUGGAUCUUAUUAGUGUUCAAAGUAAAACCGGAAAAAGCUUAGCUGAUACAAGGCUGGUAAAAGGCUUGGUAAUAAAAAAGGAGUUUUCGCAUCCUCAGAUGAGCAAGUGCAUGAAGGGUGCCAGAAUUGCCUUGCUUAGUUGCCCUUUUGAGCCACCAAAGCUUAAAAAUAAAAAUUCGUUGAUAGUUUCAAAUGCAGAAGAGUAUAGGAGUCUGGAACUAUACGAAAAGAUGAAAUUUGAAGAGAUGAUUACGUAUCUUAAGAACUGCAAGGUUGAUGUAGUGCUCUGUCAGUGGGGAUUCGAUGAUGAGGCAAACUCACUUCUCAUGCAAAAUAACAUUAUGGCUGUCAGAUGGGUUGGUGGCAAUGAUCUUGGGCUGAUUGCAUCACACAUUAGGGGAUCGAUUGUUGCCAGGUUUGAGGAUCUCAGAGAGGAGUAUUUGGGCAUUGCAGAUGUAAAGGAAGAGUCGCUUGGAACAGAGAAUGAAAAGAUAAUUACUAUUGAGAGUCCCGGAAAGAAUAGAGCGGUGACUAUUCUUGUGAGGGGAAGUACAGAAUAUGUAAUUGAAGAGGCGAAAAGGGCUAUCAGGGAUGCGCUAUGUGCAAUACGGAGUAUGAUCGAUUGCGAAAGGAUUGUUUAUGGUGGAGGAAGUUGCGAGCUUAGCCUGUCUAUCUAUCUUGAUAAAAAAGCCAAAGAGUUUGGUUGCGAGGAUGAGGCAGCAAUCAAAGCGUUUUCGCGAGCAUUGCUUGAUAUACCUAUAACUCUGAGCCAAAAUAGUGGCUUUGAUGCUGUUGAGUAUGUUGAAAAACUCCGAGAACUGCAUAUUAGCAAUAAUGAGCCGUGCUUUGGAGUUGAUUGCCUUGAAACAGGUGAGAGAAAUAUGAAGAAGCUAGGCAUUUUUGAAACGUUCAAGAGCAAGCUUAGACAGCUGAAGAUGGCUACGGAUCUUGUCAAUACCAUUUUGAAGAUAAACGAUGUUAUUUCUACAAAAGACUAA